AUGGAAUCAAUUGGGCAGGCGAGCUCAUCAUCUGAUGGACUGGCAUAUGCUGAGAAUGUGAUCACUUCAGGGGAGAUAGUUGUCCACCCAACUACAAAUCAGACCUCACAAGAUCAAUCUGGCUCUGCUGCCAGUUCUUCAACUUAUCCCUACUCUACGCCUGCUGCAUCUGCGGGAAGCUCUUCACACUCUUUCCUUACAUCGACUUCCACUUCAGGUGCUACCGAGGCUAGCAACCCAGUUUACGGCAAUAGUGCUACUACCGUUUCUUCUGUCUCCCAGCUACCUGGCAUGGCUACUACUUCUACGGGCUCUGUCUACGCAGGAUCUGCAUCUGCCACUCGUUCAGAGUGGACCAAGGUUCUUGCCGCUCUUUUCCUUGUCUUAUUCGUCUAG